UAUCAACUUUUCUUUAUCAUUUUCCCCCUUUUCUCGUACUCAAAUCUCUGUCCUACAUAUAAUAAUAAUCACACUCGUCAUACAACUAGAUCCAGAACAUGCUAAGAUAAUUGAAUAAGAGGUUUCCCUUGGAUUUUAUCUUCAUUUUGUCUCAAUUUAUUGCUUUCUCAUACAAAUUAAUGUUUCUAUUACCUUUUAUUAUAUUCAAUUUUUACUCUAUCUUAUGUACUGUUGUUAGAUAUUUAUCAUUCAAUAUGAACCAAUUGUUUGAACCUCGCCCGUGAUCAACAAUCAUUAAUUAUGUUUGUUUUGGUUCUUUAUGCUCAACAGUAUUUUAAUUAAGAAGACACAAUGUAUUUUGUCAAUGUUGCUGAAGUGUUAGCAAAAAAGUGACGCUUUUAUCCUCCUGAUUGCAAACUGAAUCUUCAUCCUGAUCAAAUUUAUUGAUUACUCGUUUCUGUUCUACUGCGAGGAAGGUUCGACAAAAUAAUGGAAACUUUGUCUGGUUUUGAUGAAGUAUCAAUUGAUCGCGUACAAUUUGUUGACUUGUAUCCAGAAAACUUCAAGUGUGACCAAUGUGGUUUAUUAGUAAGGAUAAUAAUCAAGACAACAGCUCCAUUCAAAUUGACUGAAAAUGGAUUUGAAGAUUCCUCACUCAAUGCGCCUUCGAGGCCAAAAUGUGGCCACAAGUUUUGUCGUCCUUGUUAUAAUUCAUUGUCCUUCGAUGGUAGAUUCUUGAAGUGUCCAAUUGACUCUCUCAUUGUCCCUAAAAAAGAGUUCAUCGAGGAUCGUCUGGACUCUGAGACAAUCAUGGAAAAAGAUGUUUAUUGCUCUUACCGAAGUCGAGGCUGUAAAAAAAUUUGCACUUUGAGAGAUUUAAAGGAUCACAUGAAAACCUGUGUUUAUGGAGUAGUCAGUUGUCCACUCAAAUGUGGAGUAGGAGUUGUCAUUAAAAUGCUUCCUUCUCAUAUGUCAACGGAAUGCCCAAGACGGACAAUACUUUGUACUCACUGUGGAGAUGAUAUCGCCCUUCAAUCAAAGAAAGAUCACGAGUCUAAUUGUCAUCGUCGACCUACCUUGUGCAAUUUUUGUAAACGUAAAAUGGCAUUUUGUGAAUUGAAAAAACAUUAUGAAACCUGUUUGGGCAAACCAAGAAAUUGUAAGCUAGCUCUGAUGGGAUGUAAAUUUGUGGGGAAUAAAGACGAAGUCGAACAACAUGAAUCAAUCUGGAAAAUUCACGUUGAUCUAUUGACAAAGUAUCUUCAUAAGAAUAAUAAUUAUUCGGACGAUUUAAAAUUGCGUAUCAGUGAUAUUUUGAAGAUAGUCAAGGAGUUGAGUGAAGAAAAUACAGUUUUGAAACAAAACUUGGGAACCCUUUCAUCCCAAUUUCAAACAAUAAUAGAAGACAAUUCCGUUUUAAAAGAUAAAAUCAACAAAAUGGAAUCAAAUUUUGGUCAAACUAUCGACUCAAUGACGGAGGAACAAAAAUAUUUAGCAAGUGAAGUCCAACGUCUAAGAGAUUUGGUGGCAGUCGGGGAGUCAUCAGUAUGAUAAAUAACCAUUUUCAUCGUCUUCAAGUGGUCAACUUACUUCAUAAUCAUGGCUAUUUUAGUCGAAUUUACGGGAUUUUAGGUUCCAUCGACAUCAUGCAUUGACACAAAAGAACUGAUGAUCGAUACCAACGACCCUAAUUCAAUGUGAAAACACCAAAAAUUUAAAAUUAUUUAACAAAGUCUUGGACACUUUCGAUUCUCCUUCCUUUUUCUCAUUCCCACAAUUUCAAAAAAAAUUUUUCAUUCCAACUCGGAUUUUUUUAUGUGAAAAGUUUUUUUUGUUUUUUUACAUCAUUCAUUUGACUCUACACGAUGUUAUCGAUUGUAUUCUUGGUUAGAUAGUUUCUUUUAUGCAAUAUACUGCCAGUCAAAUAAUGCAGUUUUUACUAUGUUUUACAAAAAUUUUCAUUGUUUAUUUAUUGUAUCUCAAGAUUUGUUAAGUCAAAUAAAAUUUUGUCGUUUUCGUAUAAAA